AUGAGCGCAGUACUGACCAGUGCAAACGUUAUAGGGAAAAUGUGGAAGCUCGCUUCUCUCUUCCUGCUCUUUCUUGUAUUGGCGAGUGAAGCGCAAAACGAUGUGAAGGGAUUCAAUAUUCCGCCUGAUGUACCGCUGGUCAUCCCAGAGAAGUCGUUUUCAUACAAAACCUCUGAUGUCAAUCCUCGACCCAUUGUUAAACCAAUAAGACGCAGAAAGCACAUAAGGAGGCAUCACCGCAGAAUCUAUCGCCGAAACAUAACUAUCAAGAGGGAUAAUCCAAAAGUUUUUCUGAGACUGGAUUCUGUAGCGAAGCCUAUUGAAACGAUAGUGACGAAGAUGAGCGAUGGUUUAUUGAGAGGAUCGGACCGAUUUGCUGUGAAAAUGAUUAGUAAUGGAACUCGUGAACAUCAUUUCAAUAUCGAUGUGGCAAAGUAA